AUGCUAAAUUUUGGCACGUCCAGAAAUCAGACAAGGACAGCCAGAGCUACAACAAUGGGAGGCAUGGAUUAUCCAGAUCCAAAAAGGAAGGGCAAUUUUGUUGGGAAAGUAUUUCUUGCUGCUAUAUUAACAACACUAUGCAUCAUCAUGAUCAAGCGAUCUCCAUCAUUGAAUUCCAGUAGUCCGUUUUCCAUCCGGGAGCCUGGUGUCACUCAUGUUUUAGUAACAGGGGGUGCAGGGUUUAUUGGUUCACAUGCUUCUCUAAGACUUCUGAGAGAUAAUCAUCGUGUCACCAUAGUAGACAAUCUUUCACGAGGAAAUUUGGGAGCCAUCAAGGUUCUUCAAGAAUUAUUUCCAGAACCUGGAAGGCUUCAAUUUAUUUAUGCUGACUUGGGAGAUCCGCAUUCUGUUAAUAAAAUAUUUUUGGAGAACAAAUUUGAUGCUGUUAUGCACUUUGCUGCUGUUGCAUAUGUAGGAGAAAGCACUAUGGAUCCUCUCAAGUAUUAUCACAAUAUUACUUCAAACACCUUGUUGGUAUUAGAGUCUAUGGCUAAACAUGAUGUGAAGACAUUGAUAUAUUCUAGUACAUGUGCAACAUACGGGGAACCUGCAAAGAUGCCCAUUACAGAGGAAACGGAGCAGGUCCCAAUAAAUCCAUAUGGGAAAGCCAAAAAGAUGGCAGAAGAUAUCAUCCUUGAUUUCUCUAAAAACUCAGACAUGGCAAUAAUGAUCCUGAGAUACUUCAACGUGAUUGGAUCAGACCCUGAAGGAAGAUUGGGAGAGGCUCCUAGGCCUGAACUGCGAGAGCAAGGUCGAAUAUCAGGUGCCUGCUUUGAUGCUGCUCGUGGUAUUAUACCUGGUUUAAAGGUAAGAGGAACAGACUAUAAGACGGAUGAUGGAACUUGCGUACGAGAUUACAUCGAUGUUACUGACCUGGUUGAUGCUCAUGUGAAAGCUCUAGAAAAGGCACAACCUGCUAAAGUUGGAAUCUACAAUGUUGGCACCGGAAAGGGUAGUUCAGUGAAGGAGUUUGUGGAAGCUUGUAAAAAGGCCACAGGGGUGGACAUUAGAGUAGACUUCCUUCCUCGUCGUCCUGGUGAUUAUGCUGAGGUGUACAGUGACCCAACAAAGAUCAAACGUGAACUGAAUUGGAGUGCUAAGCGCACUGAUCUUCAACAGAGUUUGAGGAUUGCAUGGAGAUGGCAGAAAUCUCAUGGUGGUGCCUAUGGAGUUUCAAAUGAAAUGCGUUGA